AUGGGGAUAUAUGCCAUGGAAAUAAAGAGGAUACACUGCCCUGAGGCUGGCUCCUUCCGUUGCUACUACAGCAAUCUCAUAUUUGAGGCGAGAGAAGCUGUAACCAUAACAUACUGGAAUGAUUCAUGGAAUCAGCACCUGAAAGGAGAGAAGCCAUCAUGGCUGACUGUCGCUGGCCCUUUGCUCAACAUCCAAGCAGAGCCAGGAGAGGCUGUGGCCGCCGUUCACCUCCCUCACUUCCUGUGUCUUGCAGACGAAGACCGCUCCCAAGUCCAAAUUGCACAUUUUGUUGAAGAAGGGAUGAGUUUGGAGAAACCAGACAGCGUGGAGCCAACUCAUGUUGUGUUGAAAAACCCAACGUUCUCUCCCCGUGGAGUAAUUUUUAGAGUGCUUUCAUCUUUGAUCAAAAAAAUAAGAGUCCAUGCUGAGGCACUGGUCUACCAGGCACCUGCCACAAGCCUAAAACUCCGCCUAUACCUUCUCCCCAAUGACAGCUCCUUAAGGAAGGUAACUGAGAAUCUCCAGCUUCUAUUAAAUGUUGCAGAAUGCAGAUUAGCAAGAUCAUAUUCGCCCUUGUAUAGUAGCUAGUAUAUCUUGCCU